AUGGGUAACGAAGAAUCAUCACCUGUUGACGAGUCGGUCCCGCCACAAACCCUAUCGAGCCGUACGCUUGAAGCGCUGGCCGAAUACAUGGCCUCUCCGCGCUGCUCAAAGAUCGUUGUCAUGACCGGUGCUGGCAUUAGUACAAGUGCUGGUAUUCCGGACUUUCGCUCUCCAGAUACAGGACUAUAUGCGAACCUGGCACGACUUAAUCUCCCGUAUGCGGAAGCGGUGUUUGACAUCAGCUUCUUCCGCCAGAAUCCCGAACCAUUCUACGCACUGGCGCACGAACUGUAUCCGGGCAAGUACAGGCCAACAAUCACACAUAGCUUUAUCCGGCUUCUACAUGACAAGGGACUCCUUCUCAAGCUAUUCACCCAAAAUAUCGAUUGUCUGGAACGGGAAGCUGGCGUACCUGACGAUAAGAUCGUGGAGGCGCAUGGCUCGUUUGCAAGGCAAAGUUGCAUUGAGUGCAAGCACCCUUACCCUGAAGAAGAUAUCAAGCGACAUAUUGCGGCCAAAGAGAUUCCGCGAUGUCAUUCUUGCAAAGGGUUGGUAAAGCCGGAGAUUGUGUUUUUCGGCGAGCAGCUACCCGAGGCUUUCUUCCGGAACAGAAUGUUGCCUGCGCAGGCAGAUUUGUGUAUUGUGAUGGGCACCAGCCUGACCGUCCAGCCGUUUGCGAGUCUGCCCCAGCUUGCCGCUCGCUCAACGCCACGGCUUCUGGUGAACAAAGAGAGGGUUGGUGGCCUGGGCUCUGCAUCAGAUGACGUCGUGCUGCUAGGCGACUGCGACGAGGGUGUGAGGAAGCUUGCAAAGGCAUGCGGGUGGCUGGAGGAGCUGGAGGCUCUUUGGGCAAAGACGGCGCCA